UUGGACAAUUUGAAGAAGGAACUUGAGAUGGACGAGCACAAGUUGCCACUGAAUGAACUCGUCGACAAACUUGGAACGGACACCGAAAAAGGCUUGACCACCCAGAGGGCUAGAGAAAUCUUGGAACGAGAUGGCCCCAACCAACUUACCCCUCCAAAGACAACACCGGAAUGGGUGAAGUUCUGCAAGCAGCUAUUUGGCGGAUUCUCGAUUCUUUUGUGGGUCGGGGCAAUCCUUUGUUUCGUGGCAUACUCCAUUGUCGCUUCAACGGCUGAAGAUCCGUCUAAAGAUAAUGUU